CUUCAACUAAGGGAAAAUAUUAAACCAGGAUUUUGAUGGAGUUAUCUUACUUCUUCAUGUCCAUUCUUUCUCUUUAUCUUCCUUUUCUCUGUUUAACACUGUUUCCAGGAAAAUCAUUAGGUGUUAUUGCACCAGCUUUAUACCUUUUUGGUGCCUCUUCUUUAGACGUUGGAAACAAUAAUUUCCUGCAAACACGAGCUAAAGCAAAUUUCUACCCGUAUGGGAUUGAUUUUCCAGGCGGAUCAACUGGCAGAUAUACAAAUGGUGCAACCUCCGGAGAUUUCAUAGCAACAUUUCUCGGCUUACCUUAUCCACCAUCAUACUUGAGUCUGUCAGAGAAACAGAGGCAAACCAUCACAACUGGUAUAAACUAUGCAUCGAGUGCUGCUGGAAUUCUUCCGGAAUCAGGAUCUCCACUGGGAGACGUCUUUUCUCUAGAUGAGCAGAUCAAUUACUUUGACAGCACAGUGAGAAAUGACCUGCCAAAGAUUUUCAGAUGCCCGAGAGUCUUAUCACAUUAUUUGUCUAGACGAUUUACAAUUCAGGAGGAAGAAAAUUUGUAGUUUACGGUAUUGGUGCUUUGGGGAGCUUGCCAGUUAUACUGGCCAAUGUUAAUCCGAAGACAACAACUCCAUGUGCAGAAAAUGUAAAUAACUUGAUUAACAUUUUCAAAAAUGGACUUGCAGUCAAGUUGCAACAACUUACUUCUAGCUUAAAAGGCUCUACUUUCGUCCACGCUGAUAUUUACACGAAUAGCUAUGCUCAGUUCCAAGAUCCUGUUAAAUAUGGAUUUUUCGAGGGAAGAACUGCUAUUACAGCCUUUGGAACAUGCCUACCUGGACAAGAACCCUGCAUUGACAGAAACAAUCAUCUAUACUAUUACGGAGUUCAUCCGGUUCAACGUGUAAAUUACCAAUUUGCAAGGAAUUGCUUUAGUGGUUCAACUGUGUGCACCCCAAUCAACAUUCGACAAUUAGCUUUAAAUCUAUGAUGAUAAAGCACUCGGAUACUUUACCUAAUGGUUACAGACU